AACGCCUGACAGACUGACAGCCAGAGGAGGGACGCAAUCUCUCUCGCACGCCAUCUCCCAGACUUUCGCCCCAGCGUUGCUCCCAGCACAAAAUGGAGACCACCAGUACUAGUUUUCGACUUUGCUUGCUUCUCUCCCUUGCUCUUUGCGUUGUCAGGGCCCAAGCUCAAGCCAACAGCAUCGCGAGUAACGGCGAUUUCACCCAGAAUGGUAUCGUUAUCGAUCCUGGCCAGGACCAUGGCUUCGUUGCGAACCCCAACCUCUCCAUCAACCCCAACGCUGGAGAUCCCACUGCUAAUCCGACCGAUGUUAAUUUGUCCAACGCUAAUCUGUCCGAACCUAAUCCAUCCGACGGCGCUGCCACAACCAACCCUGGCAGCCUUGACAAUAGUUCGGCGAUGGAACCCCAGCAGACGGCCCCAAAUGAUCCCCUCCCGGCUGACAGUAACGGAGCUUCUGACGGAACGGGGUCUGACGUAAACGGAGUUUCUGAUGGAGCGACGACGACUGUCGGCCGUCAGAGGCGCGGCCGCAGCAGCAAGUGCCGCCGGUGCCCUCUCUUUCUGUGCCAGGCUGGAUCACACUCCAACGGACGGUUCGACACGUCGGUUGAUCCGAGGUACUCCGUCGUUCUCGCCGGACGAGACGCCUCCGAAUCGGGCAGCGGCGGCGGCGGCGGCGGCGCGGAUAGAAGCAGUGGCGGCGCCGGCAGCGAUGAUGGCAACAUAAUGGAGUGCUGGCGGCAGUGCAAGGACCGCAAUCAGCGGAGAAGGGCGAGGGCGACGAUUCCCAUAGUGUACUGGCAGUACGAGCCCUUCACCGACGCCAGCACAGGAGGACUUUGCAGCUGUUUCGGCCCCGGCGCGUGCAGGGGCCGGCGUUUCGUGCACCCGUCCGAUGAAGACAGCAACCUGCCGGCCGUUAACUUCGUCGGCAAGAUCUGCCCGGCGAACGGAACCGGCGACCCGCACUUCGUCGGCGCUGACGGGUCGCGAUUUGAUUUCAGCGGGCGCCCCGGGGAGAACUACGCGCUGAUCUCAGACGCACACGUGGCAGUAAACGCGCAUUUCGGGGGGCGGUGGGGCGAAUGGGAGGGGCGCAACAAGGCGCUGACGUGGAUGCGGGAGAUCGCGAUUCUGUGGGGCCACCACUCGAUCGUUUUCGAGGCUCGCGAAGGCUGGGCGUCUGGUUACAGAAACGGUUACCUCCAACGGCUACUGGUUGAUUCCGAAGAUGUGAAACUUGGCCUGCCCGGCUCGCACCUGGACGUCGCUUCGUUUUUCGACGGGCAGUUUGAGCUGAGAUGGGCAGCGGCGAAAAAACCGUUGAAGGGGGAGCUGGUCGACGAGUACGAGGUUCGCAUAGGCGACGUGUUGUCGCUCAGGCUGGCGCUGCAACCGGAGAUCGCAGCGCUUCGCACGGACGACGACGGGGUGGUGCACUUCACCGUAGACGUGCAGAGCGCGAAGCUGUCGCCCAACGUGCACGGCGUGCUGGGACAGACCUUCCGCCCUGACUUCGUUGGCCGCCUCGAGAAGCAGAAGCUAGUGUGGAGCAAGCUCUUCAAGGCCCAAGUGGUGCCCGGUGACAACGCCGAGGGCUUCAUCGAUGGCUCUGUGGACGACUACAGGUGCUCCGACCUCACCCGCUCCGACUGUGCGCUCUGCCGCUUCGUGCGCUCGGAGCAGCUGGACGACGAGACUGCCUCUGCUAUAGAGAUGGCUGCUGGGGUCUCCUCCUCGUACAGUGACAACGACCGUUCCUACCCGCGCAGGACGCUAGUUCGCGCCUUCUGAUGCUGCUCCCGACUGAGUGCUCCUUGCCAGGGCUGUGCUCCGGCUUUAUGCGCUUGGAGCAGCGAGACGAUGAGAUGAGACCGCCUCUGCUAUAGAGAUGGUUGCUGGGUUUUCCUCCUCUAACAGUGGCAUCGCCCGCACCUACCAUCGCUGGCGUUAAUUGGCACUUUCUGAACCAAGCCAGGAAGUCCAAUCUGGGUUUCUUGCGAAGGAUGGGGCUGCUGCAUACUGCCCUGUCAGUGCAUGCACCUUGUGAGUCCACUCAAAAGAAAGUACUGUUUGUGCACUGCUUGCUUGUGUCUCCUUUCUCCAGUUCUCUUUCUGCAGACUUCAAAAACCUUGGUGGCAAGCAGUCGCCCCUGGCCCCCUGGUGUGGAGGAGAGAAAAUCUCUUGAUGAUACAGGAAAGUCUGUACAAAAAAGGGGUAUGUGCUCUAGCCAGAAGUAAAACCUACUCGCGUGCCAGAUGUACUGUGCACAGAAUAGACACUUUAGUACCCGCAAGCUACAUCUCAGAAUAGACGCUAUAGUGAAACCAUGGACCACUUCUUGCUGACCUGUGCUGAGAGCUUGA